AUGAUCCUAACCAUCUUCAAAAUUGGAUUGAGGGGACAUGGAAAUUCAAAUUGUUGUGAUUGGGAAAAGAUUGAAUGUAGCAGCUCAACUGGCAGAGUAUCCUCACUUUUUCUUUUCAAUACAAGAAAUCAGGAAUUAGGAGAGUGGUAUCUAAAUUUUUUUUUGUUUUCUCCCUUCCAAGAUCUGGAAAGGCUUGAAUUAAGUUACAAUCUUAUAGCCAGUUUUGUUGAGAAUGAAGGUUUUUCCAUCCUUAGUUUAAAUAAUGAAAAUUUACUUCCAUGCCUUUUUUCAAGGUUGAGUAACUUGAAGUUUCUGAGCUUAAGCGGUAACAUGUUCAACAAGAGCAUAUUAUCAUAUGUGUCUGCUCUCUUAUCACUAAAGAAACUAUAUAUGUAUGACAUCGAAUUGAAAGGCACCAUUGAUUUUCAAGUUUGGUUGUUAAACAACAAUACCAAGCUAGAAAGACAUUUUCUAGUUAAUAAAUCUCUUUCAGGGCCUUUGCAAUUACCAAUUCAGCCUCACAUGUCUUUGAAAGAAUUAGAUAUAUCCAUCAAUUCCUUCCAUGGGCAUAUUCCAACAGAAUUUGAAGCUUAUCUACCAAUGCUACGAACUUUAAACAUUUCUAGAAAUGCUUUAAAUGGUAGCAUUCCCUCUUCGUUUGGUGACAUGAAGUCGUUGGUGUUUUUGGAUUUGUCUAACAAUUUGUUGACUGGAGGAAUACCUGAGUAUUUGGCCAUGGGUUGCACCUUAUUACAAUUCCUUGUAUUGUCAAACAAUAGUUUGCAAGGUCAGAUAUUCCCUACAAAUUUUAACCUGAAAAACUUGCUACAUUUACAAUUGGAUUGCAAUCAUUUCACUGGAAAGAUACCAGAUAGUUUGUCUAAUUACUCCUUGGAAGGGUUGUAUAUAAGUGAUGACCAUCUUGUUGGCACAUUACCAAGGUGGUUAGGAAAUAAGUCAUGUUUGAUAGAUAGUAUAAUGUCAAAGAGUCAUCUUGAAGGUCCAAUCCCAUUGGGGUUUUGUCAACUAGAAAGUCUUGAAGUAUUAGACCUUUCAGAGAACAAUAUUAUUGGGAGUUUACCAUCUUGCUUUCCCCCUUCAUCAAUUAAACAAGUUCAUUUGUCAAAAAAUAAGUUACAGAGACAACUAAGUGAUGGAUUAUCCAAUAGUUCUUCUCUAACGACACUAGAUAUUGGAUAUAAUCACUUUGAAAGCAACAUUCCUAAUUGGAUUGGUAUGCUUUCUAAUUUAACUUGCCUUAUCUUGAGUAAUAACGAUUUUCAAGGUGAAGUGUCAAUUUGUUUGCGUAAGUUAGUUCAAUUACGCUUAAUAGAUCUUUCUCACAACAAGCUUUUUGGACAUAUCCCUCCUUGUUUAAAUAUCACAAUAGUUACUGCCGCUUUUGAUUUUGUAUUUGAUUCUCAUUUGGGUCGAAUUAUACCUCUUAGAGAGGAAGAAAGUGUAGAGUUUACAAUGAAGACUAUAUCUUACUCUUACCAAAGAAGACUUCUUGCCUACAUGUAUGGAAUUGAUCUCUCCAACAAUAAGUUAGUUGGUGUGAUUCCUUAUCAAAUUGGAAAUCUUGUCGGAAUCCAUACACUUAACCUCUCUCACAACAACUUGACAAGACCAAUCCCAUCGACAUUUUCAAAUCUCAAGCAGAUCGAGAGUUUAGAUCUUUCAUACAACAAUUUGAUUAGGAAAAUCCAUUCCCAACUUGUUGAGUUAAAUAAUUUGGCUGUUUUUAGUGUGGCACACAAUAAUUUAUUAGGUAAACUCCUUGAUAGGAUUGCACAAUUUGGAACCUUUGAAGAAAGUAGUUAUGAGGGAAAUCCAUUUCUUUGUGGACAACCAUUGCCCAAAAAUUGCAAUGUAAUUGAAUCACGACCAAAAGAUUCAAAUAUUACUAGAGAAGACAAUGAUUUCAUUGAUAUGAAUAUCUUCUAUAUCAGUUUUGUUGUGUCCUCCGUAAUUAUGCUCUUAAAGAUUGUUGCAGUUUUGUUGAUAAACCCUUAUUGGCAUCGUAGAUGGUUUUAUAUUGUUGAGUUGUGGACAACAUCCUGUUACUAUUUUGUUGUAGAUCAUCUCUAUAAGUGA